GCUGUAAACUGCGUACAGUAGCUAUAAUGACACCAGCCCUCAGAGAGGCAGCAACAAAAGGUCAUGGUAUCCACUUGUCACCUUCUUUGUCCUCUAGAGCUAUGGAGUCUGAUACAACUUUGUGCAUGGAAAAUUCCAGAGCAGUGGAAGAGGCGAUGCGAGAGGAUCCCAUCGCACGGAUUACGUGCUCGGUCCUGGGGUUCCCCACUGCUGAGCCCAGCCUCAGGAAUGAUCUCUUCAGUGGGCAGCGUUUUGGUUCUCCACAGUCCUCCAAGCACUAUCAGUCUGUCUUGUUAAUGAGUACCAAUUCUGCGUUUAGCAACAAAAGCGGUAAGCGAAGGCAAUCUGGAGAGCCGGACUGCUCCGUGAUGAGGAAUUCCUUACGUAAUGGUGCUGACACAUCGUUCGGGCAGGUUAGUCGUUCACAACCUGAGCAACAGGUCAAGGGGGAAACUUUUUCAGAGACCACGUCUCCGAAUUUGGCAGAAACGCAUAGACUUUUGGAUUCAAGUGUAACCGAAUCCAGUACCGCAGAAGAAACGCAGCUUUUAAGCGGUAAAUGGUACAAGAAGAACGGGUUUUUGGGUAGGGCUCUGGAAGUCUGUGCCGAAACAAAAAAAGGGGAUUUAUUACACCAAAUCCUUCACAGGCCUCCAGAAGGGAUUUUGAGCUGCACCCGGGAGGAGGUGUAUGCUCGCUUACUCCAGUGUGUCACUAAGCAACAAAUGGAGAUCAGUCGCGCCAAAAGAACUCAGAAACGUUUACAAAUGCUCCUUGCAAAGCAUGUUAUCAAACACUGCGAUCAGCAGCUGAAAUGCUUUGUGAAACAUCAGCUACAAAGAAUGAAGGUUUUCCACGAAGCAGCCAGGUUUUCAGACAGUAGCUCCCUUAGGUGUACGGAGGGUUGGCCAGAAAACAGCGCGGCUACUUGGGAGGAUAGUUCCAGUAAAGACGUACAGAACGGAUUUUGCGUUGCGCCGGGUGAAAUCCGGGGGUUUGCACUUUCUGCCGGAGGGCUGCUGUCUCGCGUGGAGAAGGAUCUGGACUCUGACGCAACGUGUAGCAGCUCAGACGAAGAUUGCGAUGAGCAGACUGCAGGAACGACUGUGGAAGCCAGCUAUACUUCUGAAUGGAAGUGGCUUGCAGACAGAGCUAGAGUUGGCUGCCGUUGGACAUGGCUUCAAGCCCAGAUUUCAGAACUAGAAUACAAAAUCCAACAACUAACUGACCUUCACAGGCAGAUACGUGCCACCAAGGGGAUGGUGAUCUUAGAAGAAUUCCCCUUUCCAAAAGACAUUUUGAAGAAGCAAAUACAAUUGACCGACCAAGAAGCUUUAUUAAACGCCACAGGGAAUUCGCAAGCUGCCAUUGAGAGACAGGAUUCUUUGCCGGAGCAUGAUUUUGAAAUGUCACCCAGCAGUCCUACCCUGCUUUUACGGAACAUAGAAAAACAGAGUGCACAGCUGAGUGAAAUCAUCAGUAGCCUAAUUGCUCCACUCAAUCUGUCUCCAGCUUCUUCUCCUCUCUCAUCCAAAACUUGUAGACACAGACAGCUGGUCAAUGGCAUCUCCUUCAGAGCUUCGGACAACAGAGAAGUAUCCUCUUCGAGUAGCUGGUUGCUUGAUCAUCAACACAUCAAGAAAAGAAGAAGAGACAGGGCAAGACUGAGAUCGUUGUCUGUGACUAAUGUGAGCACAUCUGCACGAACGAGGCCCCUUCAUAGCUUCCAGAAGAGGAAGCUCUACAGAAUGCCUGGGGCCUGUUACUGGAGUCAGCAGACUUUGCCAUCUAGAGACACCUCCUUGACAUACAAAACUCAGUUACCACAUAUGGAUGUAGCCUCAACGUUGAGUGAUAGUGCCAGUACAGCAUCUAAAGUACUAGAUCAUGUGCAAGAGCUGGACUCUUCUUUCCAUCCAGUCUUAUCAUUCCCUUCAGAUAUUCCUCUUCACGUGUAUUUUGAAACGUUGUUAAGAAAGGAUGACGUUAAAGGAGAACCUGUUGAUACGUCCUCGCUGGGGGUGGAGUUUAAAACGUCUCCAGACAAUGACUAUAAUCAACAUAACGUUUCCCUCAAACAAUGGAGCAGUGGCUGUUUAUCUAAUCCCAAAUGUCCAUCAGUGUCGGGAACAUCUGACCAGCUGUCAGAGGGAAGAAAGAAAAGGCACCUAAGUGAGACAGCAGUAGGCGAACGUAACACUAGGUUUGAGACAUUUUCCUUUCAACAUGCAGAACCAGAAUCCCAUAGCAGUUUUGCUGCAGUGACCAGUGUCAGUGCGAUGUCUAAGUCCACUCACAGCACUUCAUCACAGCAUAACUCAAGGAGGAGGUUGAGAAGUGAGAGCUCCUACGACAUAGACAACAUUGUUAUUCCAAUGUCACUGGUGGCACCAUCGAAGUUGGAGAAACUACAAUACAAAGAAAUCCUUACCCCAAGCUGGAGAGUUGUUGAAUUUCAACCUUUGGAAAGAUCUCAUACAGAUGAAGAAGAGCUAGAAGAUCUGUCAGAUGAAGUAUUUUCCUUGCGUCAUGCAAAAUAUGAAGAAAGAGAGCGAGCAAGGUGGUCGCUGUGGGAGCAGAGCCGCUGGCCCAGAAGGAAUAGCAGGCAGGUAUCUUACAGCAAAAACACUGAUGGACGACACAGCCAAGAUUCAGUGCAGAAAGACCACCCCGGCAGCUCCUGCGCCUCACUGCAUUGCGCUGCUGAACCUGUUCCUGACCUGACUUCUGAAGGCCACAAUUCCCUUUGUUCAGGGAUCGCACAACUCUGCAGGGAGAGCCAGGAAGCAAAGUCUGGGCUGUGGGAACUUCGAGUUUUUCCACUAAAAGAUGAAGAGGUAGAAGCUUUACUGUGCCAAGAUCAAAUAACGAAUCAGACUGAAAUGUCAAGUGCAGCUUUCCCCAGCGACUCUCUCUGUACUUCAUGUACACCCACUGGUUUGCCAGACAAUGGCCAUCUACCAAAAAAAUCUACAGAAGAGCCAGAAGACUGCGAAAAUGUUUGCCUGGGACUCAACAAUGCAAGAAAACAAAGGUGACAGGGAAUAAUGGUGGUUCAUUAAGAAAGCCAGUUAAGGUGGAGAAAAGUGUAAGGUAAAAAAAUCUCUCUUAUUCGCACAACGUAUCGCAGCACAAUUCAAACCCUUUAUGUUAGCCGCACAUAAUAUAUUUUCUUUCUUGCUUUGUAACAGGCAAUCCCAAAGACAACACCACCUUCUUCUUGAACCCCAAGAGAAAGUAAUUAUUUCAAGCUGGAAGUCUAAUAUUCCCAGUGGUGGGAGUGGGCGCACAUAAAUUGCUGGCACCAUUCACUGCUUUCUGUUGUCAUAUUGCCACAUUCGUUAAUAAUCAUCCUUUUUUUUUGUUUUGCUUGUUUUCAAUGCCUUCUGGUUCUAGUGGAUUCUGGUACAGCAGGAUAUGCUGGCUACCUUAAAAAAACAACUUCAACUGAACACAGAAAAACUACUUGAAAAGAUAGAGAGCAAGAGGGGACAAUUUCUGAUUAUUUUCUUGUGUGGCAUGAACUUGUGGAAAAAAAAAAAAAAUCUGCCUCUCUUUCUUUAAAUGCAUGGGUGUAACCAAGCCAUGCAUAAGCUGGGGCUAGGUUAAGACCCAUCAGUUUGAAAGCAGGUGUUCUGGAAGCCAUGAAUCUAGCUUAACGUGUUAACUCAGCUCUCUGUAGUGUCAGGGCGUGUUCCAUAUAGAUGCCCUCAAGCAAUAAGAUAGAAAUAGGCCACCGUAUUUCACUAGUUGAUAUAUCUGCUACUCCAGAAGUAGUGUUUCCUGUUCGUCAUGUGGCUAUAGGGAAACAGAAGGAAAGAGGGGUCAAGUCAAAUCAGUGAUGCAACGCUUCUUGAAUAUUGUUUUGGGUCAUCUUACUUCCUUAGACCUUCAGUAGCAAAUGAGACUCAUAACAGUUUGCUUUAAUAUGUUAAAGCCAGUUAAAGACACAAAGUCUUGUUCAAAUUUCUGUGCAGUGCCUUGUUAGAGUCUCCUAAGUAUGCCAACAUUUGGUGACUAGCUGAGAAGGAAAAGAUUAUUGAUGUCUAGCAAACCAAUAAAGAAAAAGCCCCAAAGCUUUCCAUUGUGAUUCCAGAUAGACUUUUAAUUUCCCAGCCAGUUCACAGUGAGGAAGCAAAAGCAAGUUGUUUAAACUUGCAUCUAAAUAGCAUAGUUUGGAAUGUCUCUGAAAUCUCAAGAGAUACUAACAAAGAUUAAGCAUUGAAUGUAAGUACAAUGAGUCAAUGGGAAGUUUUUCUGUGGAGGACAGUUGAAGGCAAUUUUAUAGGAGUCUCUGUUUUUGUGCAAAAUUUUCUUCUACUUGAAAUAUCUGGAACUGAAUGGCACGGGACAGAUGAGACAGUUUUAGUGUCAAUUUUUUUUUUUUCCCUCUCUCUUUUUUUUUUUUUUUUUGUCAAAAUGACAGGAAAUAUACACUGGACAUCUGAAAACAGUUCAGUAAAGUUUCAACACUACAACCUAUUGCUACAUUGUAGUUUAUUGCACAUUCUAAUUAUUUUUUUAAACACUUUUUUUAACACUGGUUUGUCUUAAACUUGAAUCUUGCCUCAAUGUCUGAUACAAUAAUCUUUGAUGCAAGGUUUUUUUUUUUUAAUUAAAAGUUAUUUCUAUAUAUGGUGUAUAUAGUCUGAAUUUGAUGGCCUUUUGAAAGAUGUGAAGAAACUGCGGUAAUACUUCCUCUUGGCACAGAGACCUGCUUGGCCUGAGAAUGGCUUUGCAAACAUGCUAAAGGGGCAGUGGCGCUAAGCUUUGCUGUCAUACCAACGUUGCAUUGGUGCAUCCUAUGCACCAAUAGGUGCAUAGUGGGCUGCGAGGCUAAGGUCCGUUCCCCCCUCCGCUCCCACCCCAGCCUCUGAGCACAGGGGUGAUUUUUUUCCAUUUCUCUCUUCCCGCAUGUGUGUCUGCUGCUGGAAAAUGGUUUCUGAAAGCUGAAUGCCUCAAAUGCUUUGCAGGUCUUCCAUACCUUUAUCCAUUCAUUAGGAAGUCUGAUCCAACCAGCUCUCGCACAGCCUUGUUGUAAGGUCAGGGCUUUCUGCUCUGUCUGAUCCCUGGGGCAGUGUGAGACGUUUCUGCAAUUUAGAGCUGGGACAAAGUAAACCAGCCAGCUGGAUGCCUUAGCUGUUUUUUCCUGAAGGGGUAGUCAGGAAAUGGAAACGCAAUCCAGUACUUUAUAGUAAGAGGAGAGUGUUUCUCUAGAUUGGGAAAAAGAAAAAAAAAAAAGUUAAAAUGAGGCAAGAAAAAAAAAUUGAGAAAGGAGAAGGCUUAACCAAGUUUGGUCAGCAUAGUGAAGUGGAAAGCAGUUCCUGCAGUGCUGCUCGGUUCCCAGCUGUGCUAGCCUGUAGAAUCAGUGGGUUGCUUGCGGGUCACUCUCCAGCAUGCUGGGUUAAAGCAGCUGCUUGUUACCUUGCCAGCUGCAGGGUCACUACAAGUGGUUAUUGAUCUGAGCAAGGGUAAGCACGUGUGCUUUGUCCCUGCUUCAGAUGCUUUUGCUUAGCCAGUGUGGCAAACAGUGCCUCACAACACAGCAAUUAAAAAGUUUGGUGAAGAAAGACGGGG